CGUGGCCAUUGUGAAGUUUCAGUUCGCCCACUGGCCUUCUUGCUAGCGAUUUCUUCAGUGUUUUAUCUCGCAUGGCGAGAAAUGAUAGAAACUGAAAGACAUCGAAGGGAAUUUUAACGGCCUCGAAACCAUAGGACUAGCUUACAGUGGUCAUACGAGUAUCGUAUUGAGGUAACAUAAUGAUGUGAUAUUGAGAUCAAUUUUGAAGUUUAUUCAUUUAACCGGUUAGACGAGCUGUUUUAUACUCUACAAUCUUAAAUAAUAUAACGUCUUUAGCCUAACUUAUUCAAUCCUAAGUCACGGGGUGCUAUUUGGUGGCACGAUCUUUAAAAACUUUCUCAAGAUCCAACAGAGACGCUUGACUUGUGUUUGGGAUUUCACAAUGUUACCUGACCAUGCAAGUUGACAUAACAAGCUAGAUAUUUUAAAAAUAAUCUUAGACUUUUGCGAUGAUUCAAAAAUUUCUUUUUGCCUCUUUGUAGGGCGAUAAACACUAAUAUCUCGAAAAUCAAUGUUGUUUCUCGUUGGUAGAGAAUUUACAGUUAAUAACAGCCCCCACCGGAUGAUUCGAUGUUGAAAUGUUUUUAGGGUAGUUUUAUUAUGCAUAUUAUUUCAUGUUCGGAGUUAUUAUUUAACGUUUGCGAAACGUUUAUUUUUCGCCAUAUGGGGGAUCGAUCCCUCUCUUUACAAUCUCAUCAAAUAAGGUUCUCUUUUAUUAUAAAACACUCGUAUAGCUGAAACUUUCCCUUGCUCCUAUCGAGUGGUUUGCAUUAUGUUUUUGAGGACACCGGCGAAUAAUCUACGGAGUCACAUGUCCACUGCAUUGUUUAAAACAAACACAUCACAAUGAGCCACAUGUACCUUUUCUAAAAAAGAUUUAUUCCCUCUAAUAUGGCACCACCUUCUGUUAGGGCACAGUUGAAUGAUCAGGAAAGAUAAGUGAAUUGUAGAAUGUUAUCACUCCUCAAACACGUACGUGAUCUGCACAAUAUUUUUGUUCAUCUUGUUUUAUCUCCUAUUUUUAAAUUGUUGGUGUAUUAAGUAAAGUAGAUGAAACUUCAUGUUGAAGAACUCUGAUGCAUAUGAUUUGGAAACUUUCCUCAGUGUAGAUAAAUUAAGUUUACAAAGUUAAUUUAAUACAUGUUUUGUUUGUAAUGUUUUUUUUUCCAGCAGACAUUUAAAUUUUAUUCAAUUAGGGAAGGAUCUAACAAAGCUAGUAAUUAUACACUCUUACUGAGUUAUGCAAAGUUGCUUCUUUCCUGUUGAAAUAAAUUUUGAGGUUGUCAUGUCUGAAAUAGUGCUUGUAUUGCUCAAGCAGACCUGCAAGUCCAAAUUGUAAAUUUGUUGGGAAAGUUUUGUGGUGUGGGAGGACAUGUCACAAUUAUUUUGAGAGUGCAUUUGGUUUUUUCUUCAAUUGAAUAUUAUGCAAAUUUAAGAACUAAAUAUGGCAAGUAGAUUGAAAUAUUGUUGUUUUUUAAACAUGUGAAGUUUUGUAUGGGAACAGAUGAAUGAUCAAUUAUAUUGUCAUGUUUAGUGGCAGCUGUUACAUUUGCAUUCAAAGCUUUUCCUGGAGACAUUUGGCCAAAUGGAUUAUGAGAUUAUGAUCACUAACAAAUAAUGUUAUACAUGUGAAAAUUAGGUGUGUGGAAUCUUAGUUGAGAGCAAAGAAAUUUUUAGUUAGUUUUAUUGAACUAAUUAUCCUUAUGUACAACUAAGUAGAUAUCAUUUUUCACCAUUGAUCAUGUCAUGUUGGUGGAAAUGUUAAAUGUCGAAAUUGUACUUAUGAAAUAACAUUUGGGAGGAAUAUGUGGUGAGUACAAUCUGCAUUGAAACUUCGUAUUCAAUGUGAACUUGUCUUGGCCAAAGGUAGUUUGUUUGGAUCAAGAGAUGGUUGAGGGUCAGUGUUUGGUCUAAAUUUUAUAACUAAACUCUGUGUCUUUUGUUUGAAAAUUAUGGUUUUUUCACUUUAUAUAUGUUGUUUUUUUAUUAACUUUCUUUGUUUUGUAUUUUUUUUGUUUUUGAACCCUUGAUAUUUGGUCAGUUCAAAAUAGAAUUAUGUGAACUGUGGCAGAUACGUGAUAAAAUCUCAAUGGAUUUCAUCUUUCUCUUGGAGAGUAUUUGUAGUUCUAAACAUUAUCAAAAAGUACUGUUAUGUAUCAUUUAAUACUCUGAAUAGAAGUAGAUUAUGCUCAGAUCAUUUGUGGUAAUCAAAGUUGCUAUUUCAAUCGACAGGAGACUGUUGUGUCUUUUGUAUGUUUCCUAACCUUGCAAAUUUGGGAAAAGUGUUCUCAAAAGGUAUUUUGUCUUUCUUUUGUCUUACAGAGUUGAUCUGCCUGUGGAAAGUGUAGAUCAAAGAUGGCUCGGGGUAGAAGCAGUGUUGGUAAAGACAAGGAAAAGGAGAAAGAGAAGGACAGUGACCGCCAGCCAGAUCCAAAAUAUGCUCUUUGGAUAAUUGCUGCUAUUGGUAAAGUUAAGGGACAAAAGCAACGUCCAAGUGAAGACAGAAUUGCUCACAUUCUGGAAAAUGUUUAUGGCUUAGAACAACAAGAGGCCUUGGAACAGCUAGAACUGUGUGUAAAGACAGGGAGAGUUCUGAAGGUAGUUUUUAAAAACAAAGCAUCAUACAAAGACCCUGCAAAAGUACCAGCUCACAUGCGAGGUAUUGUUGAAAAACCCACCGAUCUCCAAGGGUUCAUCAAAGAAGCUCUUGAGAAUAUUGGGGAUGAAAAUGGUUGCACGCAACAAGCAAUUCAUAAUUAUAUAGUGGACCAUCAUGCUGCGAGUUUAGAAUCCACUGGUAAUGCUCGGAUUAAAGAGUCUCUCAAGAAAGGACUUGCUUCUGGAGUUUUCAUCAAGGAAGGCAGAUAUUACAGGCUAGCAACACCACCUAAGGUAUAGGCAAACUAUAAUCUUGUGUGUUUUGAGUAUUUGUAUAUUUAAAAAAGAGACAGCAUGAAAACUUCAAAUCUUUUUGUAUGAUUUGUUGGAUUGUACUUGCAAACAAUGAAGUGAUAAUUAAAAAAAGUUUCAAAUCAAAAUAUAAAUAGCUAUUAGGAAGUGAAGAGAAUUAUUUUCACAAAAGAGAGUUUAUGGUUUACUUUGUUAUUAAAAAUGAGUGACUUUUAUGCAUAUGUUUAUUCAGCUUUUGAAUGUUUGUUUGUGAGAACACAUGGGAAAAUGUACAGUGUGAAAGUUUCUAUCAGCUUUAAGAAGAGUGGGCAUAUACAGUUGUUUGAAAAUCUGUAGUGAAUGCAAUAUUUACACCAUAUUUAAUGGUUUAACAUAUACAUGUAAUGCAUGUGGAUAUUUUGCUUGUUGUGUUAUAAUGAGUUCGCACAAUGAGCAAAAUGUCCACUCUUAUUUUAUUUUAAGCCAUUGAAUAAGAGAUUUAUUAUUCCACUACUAUUUCAUUUUUUCUAGUCAUUUGGCUUUUACAUGUAGUUUUCAAAUUACAUCCUACAUGUACAGUCUAUCUGAGCAUAGUAUUGCAUGCAUAAGGUCUGCAUGAAAAUACAAAAACAACAUUAACUAGACCACCCAAGAGUUCUAUAUAUGCUCAAAAGUUCAUUGCUUUGAUAGUCAAGCAUAAAAAAGUGAAUAAAACAAAAGGUUAGAUUUUUCAGUGGCACCAUUUUUUUGCUUUGCUUUCUGUUUGUAUUUUUGCCCUGUUCUACAGUUUUGGGCAUUCUCAUGACCUUAUUUGUUAAAAUGAUGUAGCUGUGGAAUAGUAAUUACAUGUAAUACAAUAAUCCUUGUAUAAUUAAUAAAGUCAUAUCCAAAUUUAGGAGUUAUUGGAUAUUGAUAUACUGGGAAUUUUUCUUGAAAGUAACAAGGUACAUGAAGUUAACUUAGGUUUUUCUCCGAUAAAAGCAGUUGUAUUAAAUAUGAAAGUCAUGCAAAUGGCUGCAUUGUUUUUUUAAACAUGACUUGAAUUUUUGAAGGUAAACACUGUUAAAUGUGAGAGUAAACUGUAUUUCAUGGCAUUUUCAGCCUAAGAAAAAGAAAGUUGAUGCCAGCACAUAUUGUGGCUUUUGCCUUGGAACAGCAGAACGCAAUAAAGAUGGUGUAGGAGAGGAGCUAAUCUCCUGUGCAGAUUGUGGAAACAGUGGUAAGUCUCCAUUGGAAAACCUACAUGUCUGCCCCAUUCACACUAACAAAACUAGUUUAGUCAACAAGAUUUAAUUGGAUGAAGAUGAGAAACAGAGAACUGAAAAACUGAAUUUUCAAUAGGCUUUAAAAAGUCACUAGCUUGUAUUUUCAAUGCGCUAAAUUUGAAGUCAACAAACAUCAGUUUUAGCAGUUUCCAUGAAGAAAACAAUUUUCAGCAUGUUUAAGCAUGGGAGUGAAUGGGCUACAAGAUGACUUGGUUUCUUUUAUCAUUCUUUACUGAAAAAUGUAAAAGGUUGACUCAAAAUAUAUCAUUGAUAGUUAUGUGAGUUGAGUUGUGUUUUGUUUCAAGGUCACCCAUCAUGUUUGAAGUACUCUCCUGAGCUGACAGCUCGAAUUAAACAAGAACCUUGGCAAUGCAUUGAGUGUAAAGUGUGCUUUGUAUGUCAAGAUGCUGGCAAUGCUGUAAGAAUCGAUUCUAUUCCUUCAAAUGUUACUUUGAAUUUCAAUGUAACUAUGGUUGAUCACUGAAUUUAAUUUGCACAGAUGUACAUUAUGUAAUCACACUAAUGUAGUGAGAUAAUUGUGAGCAUAGCAUAAUUUUCUAGAUAUACAUGUACUCACUGAGUUUCUCAGAUGUUGAUGCAGGAGCUUAUAAUCUAACAUGAACUCUUACUAGAAUUAUAUAUUUCCUUGUAAUGUAAGUGACAGUCUCCAAAGUCAGUCAACCAGUUAGUAGGUCAUUUGGCUCACCCUAUGUAAGGUAAAGAAUUGCCACUUUGCUAUGUACUAAAUGACAUAUUUUGCCUUCUUGUGAUCUAAUAUUUCCCAGAAUUAGUUGAUUCUGUCAAAGAUCAGCAAAAUGCUCUUAUGUUCCCCUAGCAAUAUUUGCUCCAUGUACGUACAUUUGCCUUAAUAAAGUCUCACAGUAGUCUCAAAAUUAUUGAUUUUAGAUAUGAUCUCACUGCUUUUAACAUACACCAUAUAACAGUACCUUUCAUUGGUUUUCUGGACAAUCUCUUUUCUCAUUUCAGGAUAACCUGUUGUUUUGUGAUGCAUGUGACAAAGGAUUUCAUAUGGAAUGUCUUAGUCCUCCGAUGAAAGAAACCCCCACAGGUAGUGACUCUUUAAAUCACUAAUAGGGUAUAUUCAUUUUUCUGUUUCUAUUCAAAAGUAAUCCAAAUUACCUGUUAAAUGUGUCUUAGUGGGGCAGUUAACUUUUGGUAUAAAGAUAUAAAGAUAAUCAGACCAAAUAAGUGGUUAUGUUCUUAUACAUGUCAAUCUAGGAAGUUGUUUUCGUUUUGCUUGUAGGAAGCUGGGUUUGUGCAAAAUGUAAGGUGAAAACUCCUGGCCGACGAAAGAAAGGACAAGUUGAAACACCUAUUACCAGUCCACCGCGCAGAAAAAUUCAACCUCAGGCAACAGCUGAAGUUCAAGGGUUAGUAUUUGAAACCAGCACUUAGACUUUUUAACCCUUUAACUCCCACAAGUGACCAAGACAGAAUUUCUCCUUACAAUAUCGAUGCAAUAUCAAACAGAUAAGUGAUGAGAAUUGAGAAAAAUUUCAAUUUGGGGAUAAUCAGUUGAUCCAAUACUAAAUUCUCUGAACUAACAUCAUAUGAAUUGCAUGGUUGACAUUAAGGAGAAUUUCAAAUUUGAUCUGGGAGUUAAAGGGUUUAUGUUGACAUCAGUAGACAAUGUGAUGUAUACAUGUAGCAGAAUUUUAACCCAUAAAAGUGCAAAAUAAAGAGUCCAAUUGUUUUCUUUCUCUGUGCUGAUUGCAAAUUGUUUCUAUUUGUUGAACAGAUCAAGUGUAUGCCCAACACCUGGAUGUGAUGGGUCAGGACAUGUUAAUGGACGAUUCACAUCUCACCGAAGGUACAUACAACAGAACUGUUGUUCAUUUUGUUUAUGUAAGAUUAUUUUUAAUGCCUCAGGUUGCUGUGCUCAUACAAAGUUCAUUAAUGGAACAUUCAUUCCCCUUCCCCCCCCCCCCCUCACUAGUUAUAGUUCUGUCUAUUUGUGCAUAAACAGCAUUUGUGAACACUUCCUGAAGAGGUAUUAUAUGAAUUGCUGGGUACAUCUUGUUUGAUAAGUUAUGUUGAUAAAUUUGUAUUGACAUUGGGAACAGUAAGAACAAGUACACUGUGUGGGUUAGAGCAGUGAUGUUUAACUGUUGUGGCAAAUGCCCUAGAAAGUCAAAACCCUCAUAGACCUUUCUAAACAAAAUUGACAUCUACGUCUUAUGUUAUUUUGAUAUUUUCCCCUCUCCCUAUGGCAUUAAAGCUUGCCUACCAGUAGCACUCUUCACAAAAUCAUCAAACACCAAGGCCUGUUAUGGAUAUUUUAGUUCAUGUGUAAUGGAUGUGUUUUGAGUUUCAACUUAUACCCUUUUUUUCAAGUUCUGUGCUUGAGUAAAAUUUUACAAUAACAAACACAUACUUGUAGGGAUGCCAAAGCAUUUCUAUUCAAAACACUUUUUACCCCAACAUCUGUAUACCUGCUCCCCAUACUGUGUUCUAUACAUUUCUUAUGGUGCUGACAUGGAGAACUGCUCUUUUAUCAAGAGCUUCUUUAUUUGGUGAUCCUUUUCUUUAUUCUCUUUACUUAAUGUGUGAUUUAUCACUGAUGCUGUAAGGAGAAAUUAGAUGCCAAUCACUCUUAGGUUUUAAGGGUUUAAGUAUAGGUUAGGUUACUUACUUUUAGAUUUUAUUGUGUUGCAGUCUUCCAGCUUGUCCAAUUGCAAAUGAGUCCAAAAAAUUUGACGAUGAUGCCAAAGCUGCUGAUGAAACUCCUAAGAGGAGACCUGGUAGACCUCCAGCCUCCAGUAAAUCAACACCGAUGACUCCGCUCUCCCCUAUAUCUCCAAGGAAACAGCAACAAUUACCACCAGGUCAGUCUAUUCAGAAAUUUUGGGUGAUGGUCCUUUCAACUUUGAUUGACAAUUUGACGUAGUGGAGGGGCUCUCUGUGGCUUUUAACCCUUUAACUCCCAUGAGUGACCAAGACAGAAUUUCUCCUUACAAUAUCAAUACAAUAUCAAUCAGACAGGUGAUGAGAAUGAAAAAAAUACAAGUUUGAGGAUUUUCUGGUUCAUCCAGUACCAAAUUCUCAGGAAUAGCAUUGUAAGAAUUGUGUGGCAGACAGUAAGGAGAAUUUUUAAUGAGAUCUUGAGUGUUAAAGGGUUUUAAAAAGAAUAUGUGAAUUCUACAUGUGAGCUUCUGUAGACAGGCCAUAUUGCAUCAAAUUUGUCGUGGGUGUCAAAAUGCAUUCAAGGUAUUGUCAGAGAAUGACCUUAAGUAUGUGCGUUUUAUGAAGGUUGCAUUUUUCAGUGCGCAACCUUUAAGUGUGUAUGUGUUGCCUCAAAGGUAAAUAGUGAGUGUCUCAAGAGUCUACCAAAAUUAAUGCUGCCAGUGUUUUUUAUUUGUCUAUCGGCAGGAGUAACAGAGGAAGAUCUGGCCUUGUUCAAACAGGCUCAGGAGAAAGCAAAUGCUGCCAUGAACCUUGAUACAUCCACCACCCUUGUGCCAAGUACUCGCUCACCUCCACUGAUCCAGUUUGGUCGUUACGAGAUUGUUACUUGGUAUUCUUCACCAUAUCCUCAAGAAUAUGCCAGGUAAUUUAGUACAUGUGGGUAUCUGCUGUUGAAUUACACCCUGUGCAUGUAUGUUUACUGCUUUGUUAUAGAGCAGUUUCCAUUUGUGUGUUGAAAGGAUUGCCAAAUUGUUUUUUCUAUUUGCUCCACACUGUGAUUGGUCUGGAAAUCUUGCCCCACCAUCUCAACAAUCCAAAUGCAGAACUGAGACCAAUUAUGAGUUCUCCACUUGUAUUUUUUCAUUCUUCAGGCAGUUUGCUUGGUUUUGGUUUGGGUAUUUAUUAGUUUCUCUUUACUUUUCCUUGCUCUGACUGCUGGUUGUGAUCACUUGGUUUUGUUCUCUCAGCAUUCAAUAAAAAAGAAAUACAUGUAUUUAGGACAGUCACUUGAUGUGAUAGCAGGAUGGAAAAGGGAAGGGGUAGAGGCAAGUUACACGAGACUUGCAUUUUUUGACAUGCACAUGUGCGGUUUUAUUGAAAAUGAAAUGUGAUCAGGUAUUGGAUAAAUGGAUCAGAGGAAGAUGGAUUGGACCAUAAAAUCCAGAGGUCUGAGUGUGGAAUCCAAAUAGGGAAAUGAAAUUUCUUCUUUGUCUCAUGCUCAUAACAAAUAGAUAUACCUAUCUGUUUAAUUAAGUUGUUAAAAUAUCAAUACCCCUUGUCAUGUAGCUUUUUCAUAGUUUGCUGAAAAUGUUUAUCAGAUUGAAAAGGUAUGGGCCUGUAAUAAUUGUUAACCCUUUAACUCCCAUGAGUGACCAGAACAGAAUUUCUCCUUACCAAAAUUAAUACAAUAUCAAGCAGGCAAGUGAUAAGAAUAGAGAAAAAUAUCAAUUAGGGAAUUAUCAGUUGAUCCAAUACCAAAUUCUCGGAAGUAACAUUGUAAAAAUUGAAUGGCAAACUGUGAGGAGAACUACUAGUCAUCAUCAUCAUAGGGGUUUCUUCAUGUGUGUAAUUUUUUCAUGUUUGAAGAACAUGGGCCACUUUCGUAGCCAUCAUGGAUCCACUUGUUAAAGUCAAUUUUGUUAUACUUUAAGAUCAUGGGAGUGAAAGGUUUAACGCCCCCAGAAGUCAACCAUAUUGACUAUAUUAUUCCCGGAUGAUGCCACAUUUGCUUGUAAUUUAUUCUUUUCAAAUGAUGACAUUUUCCUGUCUGUCUUGCAGGCUUCCCAAACUAUACCUGUGUGAGUUUUGUCUCAAGUACAUGAAGAGUACCAGUAUUCUUAUGCGCCACAUGGUAAUUAAAACAUGCAUGCAACGACCAUUAUUUUCAAGUUGUUAUUCUAUUUCACUGUGAGAUCAAAAAUCUUUACUUUCUUGUUUUUGUAGACAAAGUGUAAAUGGUUUCAUCCUCCAGCAAACGAAAUUUACCGCAAAGGUGAAAUCUCUGUGUUUGAGGUGGAUGGUGCAGUUAACAAGGUGAGUGCACCGAAAAACCUUUCAGAAUUUUAUCGGUCAGCUCGUUUCAUCUUUUUCAGUAUCGCUUUUUGAUUUAAAUUAUUCCUGUACUUGGACAGUUGUGUGAUCCUGCCCCUGUCGCCCGUAGUUUCUAAUUUCUUUUCUCUUGAAUAAUAUAUUUUAUUUUCUGCUUUUUUUUUAAUCUCACGGGCGGUGCCUCGCAUGGAUCCCUGUGUCCCGUUAGCACCAGCCCUUUUGGGUCCACGACUUUUUUUUCCUACUUGGCUCUCUCAAUAAUUGUUCUUGCUUUAUCUUGUAUUUUCGAUUUAUAUCGUGUAUUGUAUUAUUGUACAAGUAGUAUACGAGUCAUACCCAGUAAAGCUGUUAAAAAAAAAAAAAUACUCCGUUCCAUGUAGAUGUGCGCGACCGUGUUAAAACGAUCUCUGUUAGUAUUUGCGUCUACAUGUGCUGGUUAAAGUUUGAAAAGUUCACAUAUUUCAAAGAGCUAAACUAGCAUGGUUAAAGCAAUUGUGUAAUUGUGUUGGGAAUGAGUCGUAAUAGUACAAGAUUCUGGAUCAAAAGUUCAGGGCUUUGUCUUUUUUUUGGCAGGGAACUUAAUGUCAUAGUGUCUUAAUGCACCCAAGAAUGGUUUUACAAUUCGCCUGGUGGCUACGUACGAUGGAGCAUUAAAGAGUUGCUUCGUUUGAUUGAAACAGGGAUGCAUUCCGGCAUAAAUAGAAAUUCGUAACAUUUUAUUGACUUGAUACAACACUGAAAUCAGGUUUUUCUCCUGUUUGUAGCGGUUCCUUCCCAAGUCAACUCUUUCUGUUUCGUUCACACAGAUCUAUUGUCAGAACCUCUGCCUAUUAGCCAAGCUCUUCCUUGAUCAUAAGACGCUGUACUAUGAUGUGGAGCCAUUCCUGUUUUAUGUCCUAACGAAGAACGACAAAAAGGGCUGUCAUUUGGUAGGAUAUUUCUCAAAGGUUAGUUUUCCAAAUUGUGAGAUUAGACUUAAGUAAUGGUGACAUCUUUUAAUUUCUGUCUGAUAUCAUAAUGAGAAGCAUUUUUAAUAAAAAGAGAAAAAUGUCGCAAAACAAUGAUAUAACUUAAUGCUCAGAAAGACUUACUCAGCUAAUCUGUAAUCAUUUUCAUUUCCUCAGGAAAAGUCUUGUCAACAGAAAUACAACGUGUCAUGUAUUAUGACAAUGCCCCACUAUCAAAGACAAGGGUUUGGCCGACUGCUCAUUGACUUUAGUAAGUCCUAUUUAUUGGUCAUACAGCAGCAUUUAUUCCUCUUACUGGGUCAUAGUUUGGGUGCCUUUCUUUGCUAGACCCGGAUCGAGACGUUGGGUGUCAAGCCAAGGACGGAGAAGUCUUUUUUUAUUGAGCAAUGUACUUACAUGUAAUCCUCAUCUCCGGUACCAUACAUGUACUUCUUUGCAUGACUGGUACACUGGUACUGAGAGUUUAUACGAGGAAAAUAUGAACUCAUCCAAAAUUGUGUCAUUAAAAAUAUGUGGCAGACAUUGAGAAUUCAAGCAGAGAUUUUAGGGUUCAGCAUUGCAUAAUCUUUCCCAAAUUUCCCUGUUUUCCCAGAGAUAUUAUUUUAAAAGGUAGUGAAUUGUGUUUCUGCUGACUUUUCACUUAGGAGAGAAAUAAGUUCUUGAUAUACCCUUUGAAACAGCCAAAAUAUAUAGAUUUUCUUUUACAAAAUAAAAAUUGCCUUCACAGGUUACCUCUUGUCGAGAAUCGAAGGCCAGCCGGGCUCCCCUGAGAAGCCAUUGUCAGACCUUGGCUUGAUCAGUUAUCGUAGCUACUGGAAAAGUGUUUUACUGGAGUAUUUGCACGAUCACAAGGAAAAGCAUGUCACCAUAAGAGGUGAGUGAAGCAGGGAAUUAGUCUUGAGCUCCACGCAGUUUUCUUCUUGUGUUUGCAGGUGGAAGAAGCGACUAUCCUAUUCACAAAGUUCUCGUCACACUUUACUUAAUGCUUUAAGAAUUAAGUUAAUUUCCUACGAAAUCCAUCACUUGUAUAGUAAGACAAUAAGCGACACUCGUAACCACGAUUAGCCUUACUCCUUGAAAGAUGAGUUUUAAAGGCCAUAUUAUCAGAAGAUGUUGAGUUGUAGAAGUGUCUCGUUCAUAAAGCAGCAUCUAGCAGACAGCUUAGUUGUUUACUUGCUUGGGACAUUCAAGUUGCACAUCUAGCUUGCCAGGCUGGGGUUCGGUAAGAAUGCGACAUGUAACGCGAGUGCGAGAUGCCAGUUUAGAUCGCUCAUCUGGUUUCUACGACCAGAAGCACUGUUACAUAGGACACUUGUCGUGUAUCGUAUAUCGGAGCGACUAGUUCUCGGCAGCUUAAUGAAGAGUGCAUCCGAUUAUGAAAUAAGAAGUUCUCGGGAGAAAUGUUUGACAUCUGACUUUUCUAGGGUUUUUGUUGCUGUCUUAACUGUGUUCACUUUUGCAGGGAUCAGUAAGUCGACUGGAAUGGAUCCACACGACAUUGCUGCCACUCUUCAGAUACUUAACAUGGUGCACAAAAAGGAUGGAAAGUAAGUUUACUAAUCUGGUGAGGUCUGGUUUGACAGUGAAUCUGUGGGAAGAGACGCGUGCUUGAGCAGAUUUACGAAUUCAAGUCUUCCCGAUGCUUCUGUUUUUAUCAUUAGCAAAAAACUAUGCCUGAUCGGGUAAUGUUAUGAAAUCUCAAGUUUUUAUUUGCGACGUGCGAAAUUACGUCCAGCUUGAAGUAGAGCACAGAAUAUUAGUUCGGUGAGAUAGAAGAGGCAAUGAUAAACCAAGGGAAGGUGAGGAUGGUUUAAAGUGAAGAAGAUUCAAAGUGAUUCAGUGUGUAAGACGAACGUAAUGGGUUAAGGUUAAAUUUGUUAUGGUGCGCAAACCAUCACGCAGUUCCUUGUGGGCUUUGACUUCAGAAUUUCCGUUGCUCAGCAUUGUAAAUGAUUGAAACGUUGAUCUUGUUGACCUGCAGGUUUGUGCUAUGUGUUAACCAACGCUUGAUCAACACUCACAUGGAAAAAUUACGAAUGAGUGCUCGCAUCACCUUGGACCCUGACGCACUCAGAUGGACUCCCUUGGUGCACACUAACCUGGCGCUCGUCGAUAAAGAGAACGAAGCUGCAAACGGACAUCUCGAAGGCGGAAAGAACGGUGCAGCAGACAACAAGGAUGGCUCGGCGGACGCUGGUGAUCGGCAAGUAGACGUGCUCAACGACAGUCAUGUGGACAAAUCGAAAGAUGGAUUGGUUAUAAACGGCAUUGCUGAAUAUGAAGACGAAAGUGCCUCCGAGGAUGAUGAUGAGGGACCGAUUAUUCGGCCGAGAAAGCGCCGACGAAGUAAUACGCUUUCCGACAGCGGCUCGGAUAAAACUGAGGAGAAGGUAACUGAAGAAGCGGGAGUGUUGAAGAACGAGGAUAAAAUGAACAAGGAACUAGCUGGUUUUGACACUACAACAAGUGGAAAGCUGAACAGUGCAGAGAGCGAAAGUGGGAUCAUCAAGAAGAAAAUGAAGCUGAACGAUGAAGAGUCGAGCGCCGAAGCCAGCGACGACUCAGCUGAUAAUUCGGAUUCCGAAGAUUCCUCCUCCUCAUCGUCGUCGUCAUCUUCGUCCUCAUCUGAAGACAGUGAUAAUGGCGAACCUAUGGACCAUACCGAAGAUAACCCUUCAAGAGAAAACGAAGACACCCGCAAAUGUUCCGAAGAUGGCUCAAGCGAGUCUUCGUCCGAGAUUAACAACUCCCCGGCGGGCGUCUACUCGGGAUUUGGGAGUCAGUUGGAUAAUAGAAAUCCCUUAGAGACUUUAGCAGAUAUGGACUCUGCCUUCCCGAGAUUGUCACCAACAAGUUUCGAGUGUAAGGAGAGUAACAGGUCGGACUCUAUGGCCGUAGAUCAAGAUAUGAACCCGGUGGUUGAUUUCCCAGAUACGGAUAGCACAGCUCUUAUUAAAGAACUGUCUGAGGAAGUGUUCUCGAUCGGCGCCACGCCUUCUCUUGGAGGCCAGCAUUCUUCCGACGACGAAAUUUGAGUACGGUGUUAGCCUGGUGUGCUUUUUUGGCAGUGCAAUUCUUUUCUUUUGUAAAAAAUGCUGAUUUUCUUGAAUAAUACUAUUCUCUUUUGAAGUCCUUUUACUCUUAUAUUAAAACCCUUGUUUUCCAUUCAGGUGAAAUUAAGAUCGAUUAAUAAAACAUAUGUACAUUUAUGGAACAGUUUAAACUAAACUUUGUUAUGCUCCAUUUGAAACUUCAAGUUAUCGAUGCAAACAUAAUUAAUCUUUUAUCGUUUGUUCUCAUUUUGUAUUGAUAGUGGAAGUGUAGAAAUGACAACUUAACAAGUAAAGCGUAGUUUAAACUAGGAAGAUAAGUUUUUGUUUUUUUUUCGCAGUCAGGUGUUUUCCUUGUGCCACAUUUUCAUGUAAAUUUGUUAAGUAACGUAACGUGGUUUGGCGCAUGAUUUCUCAUUUGUAUAAAAAAGUAAAAAUUAGUAAAGUCUUUUUGGAUGAAACCUUUUGUAAUGAACGCAUUGUUGGAUGAAUAUUGUAAAUUUGGUUGAUGAGUAGUUAUUAAUAUAUCACAGAGAUUAUAUGUUGGA